UCUGGCGGCGGCUCUGGCUCCCGCUCCGCUCCGGGUCCGCUCGGGCUGUAGCGGUCGUGCCGCUGGCCCCUUUCGGCUCGGAUUCCGGCCCGAGCCCCCUCGGCGCCGCCAGCCCCGGCCCCGUCCCGGGCCUCGGCGCCCGCGGACCAUGCGCCGGGCACCCCCCAGGGAAGCCCGCCGGGCCGAGAGCCCUCAAUCACCAGGCUCCCGGGCCGGGGCCCCUCCCGGCCGCCCGGCCGGCGGUCCGCGCCCUGCCCCGCGCCCCGGCGCCUCCUGAGCCGGCGGGUCAUGGAGCGCACGCCGCCCGACGGGCCGCUGAACGCGUCGGGGGCGCUGGCGGGCGAGGCGACGGCCGCGGGCGGGGCGCGCGGCUUCUCCGCCGCCUGGACCGCGGUGCUGGCCGCGCUCAUGGCGCUGCUCAUCGUGGCCACGGUGCUCGGCAACGCGCUGGUCAUGCUCGCCUUCGUGGCCGACUCGAGCCUCCGCACCCAGAACAACUUCUUUCUGCUCAACCUCGCCAUCUCCGACUUCCUCGUGGGGGCCUUCUGCAUCCCACUGUAUGUGCCCUAUGUGCUAACUGGCCGCUGGCCCUUUAGCCGGGGUCUCUGCAAGCUGUGGCUGGUGGUGGACUAUCUGCUCUGCACCUCGUCGGUCUUCAACAUUGUGCUCAUCAGCUAUGACCGCUUCCUGUCAGUCACCCGCGCCGUCUCCUACCGGGCCCAGCAGGGCGACACGCGGCGGGCGGUGCAGAAGAUGGUGCUGGUGUGGGUGCUGGCCUUCCUGCUGUACGGGCCGGCCAUCCUGAGCUGGGAGUACGUGUCCGGCGGCAGCUCCAUCCCGGAGGGCCACUGCUACGCCGAGUUCUUCUACAACUGGUACUUCCUCAUCACGGCCUCCACGCUCGAGUUCUUCACGCCCUUCCUCAGCGUCACCUUCUUCAACCUCAGCAUCUACCUGAACAUCCAGAGGCGCACCCGCGUCCGGCUGGAUGGGGCGCGCGAGCCCGAGCCCCCUCCCGAGGCCCAGCCCUCCCCCCCGCCGGCCGCGCCUGGCUGCUGGGGCUGCUGGCAGAAGGGGCGCGGGGAGGCCGUGCCGCUGCACAGGUACGGGGGCGGGGCAGGCGAGGCGGCCCCGGGCACUGAGGCGGGGGAGGCGGCCCUCGGCGGCGCCGCGGCCUCGCCCACCUCCAGCUCCGGCAGCUCCUCGCGGGGCACAGAGCGGCCUCGCUCGCUCAAGCGGGGCUCCAAGCCCUCGGCGUCCUCCGCGUCGCUGGAGAAGCGCAUGAAGAUGGUGUCCCAGAGCAUCACCCAGCGCUUCCGGCUCUCUCGGGACAAGAAGGUGGCCAAGUCGCUGGCCGUCAUCGUGAGCAUCUUCGGGCUCUGCUGGGCCCCAUACACGCUUCUGAUGAUCAUCCGGGCCGCCUGCCACGGCCGCUGCGUCCCUGACUACUGGUACGAGACGUCCUUCUGGCUGCUCUGGGCCAACUCGGCCGUCAACCCUGUCCUGUACCCGCUGUGCCACUACAGCUUCCGCCGAGCCUUCACCAAGCUGCUCUGUCCCCAGAAGCUCAAGAUCCAGCCGCACAGCUCCCUGGAGCGCUGCUGGAAGUGAGCCGCCCUCCGUGGGCCCCGGGAUGCCGGGUGGGCCCUCCUGCCCUCCCCCGUCCAGGCUCUGGUCUCCUGCGCGGUCGGCCACGCCGCCCCCCAGCCGGCCGCCCCCAGGUGUGAGCCACGCCGAAUCUCCCGCCCGCCCUACAUGCCACGGCAGAGUCUCUCAGACCGUCCGCCUGCAGUGGAGGCAGCUUGGGGGGCCCAGCCAGAGCGGCCCUUUGCUGCCCCAACCAGAACGUGGUCGCCACCCGCCGGCUCCGCCCCGGGAGGAAUAAUCCCAGCCCCGCCGCCCACGCCCCACAGACUGUCUGGGGGCCGGUGGUGUCCACCCUCUUGCACACGUGCUGCUUGGUGUCCUUUCCAAAGCAAGUGAUCGGUGUGUGCUCUGGGCCUCGUGAGCGGUCUGCCCCUGCACCUGCACACACCUGCGUACGCCCCCCCGGCACCCAAGCCCAGGCCACUGGCUCCGCUGCUGUCUGUCCCCUGCUUGAGCCCGGGCCCUGGCCCCCUCCAAGUCUCUACGCCUCCAACGUGUCAAGUGCCCCCCGGGAACCGCGGCCGUUCUCUGCCCUUCCAUUCUGGGUGUUUCAGGAAGACGAAGAAGAAAGCACGUCUGUGAACUCCAUGUUCCUUGGCUGUUUAAUCAAGAGAGACAAAAUUGCUGAGGAGCUCGGGGCUGGAUUGGCAGGUGUGGGCUCCCACGCCCUCCUUCCUCGUGCUGCUGCUUCCGGCUGAGCUGCGCCAGCUGCUUCUGCCCACCCCGCCCCCGGGCUCGGGGUGCUGGGCCCUGCCUGGCGGCUCUGAGAGCGGCCGGAGCCCCGGACGCCUGCUUGUCGGAAGGCCACCCCUCCUGCUCCGUCUGCUCCGCCAGCUUCCUUGGGCUGAGGAGGGCGGGGGGGGGGGCCGGCCGUGGCCGUGAGGGGCCCAGGGCAGCCCCCGGGCACCGGGGCCGGGAGGCCCAGCGGAGGGGCCGUGGGCCACGCCCCGUGCACCCCGUCGGCGCUGUGCAUGCCUGCUCCCUGCGUGCCCGCUGCGCUGCCCUGCAGACUUCGAGGUCCACAGUAAAGUGUAUUUUUUUAUUGG